AGAAGAUGGUGUGAGAGCAGCCAGCCCACCUGCCCCUUCCAGUCGCGGCGUGCCCAGAGCUCAGGGAGGAGCAUGGCAGCAGCGCAGGGAGCGGGGAGCAGCUCGGCCGGGCCGUCCGGACUCCCCGGUUCUGCCCCGGGGCAUGGCAGCAGCUCCACAGCAGUGGCGGUGUGGGAAUGGCAGGAUGAGUUUGGCAGAUGGAGGCCGUACCGAGGGAACGUCUGCAGCUACAUCGAGCAGGUUUUUCAGGCGUCUCAGCAGAAGGGCCGCCGUUCGGGGUCAGGACUUGUCAGCAGCAUCCCUUUGGGACAGGCGGAUCCUGCCUUGGCCCCCUACGUCAUCGACAUCCCGAGCUUGACACAGUUCCGGCAGGACACAGGGACUAUGCGCGCCGUCCACAGGCACCUCUUCCCCGGGGACUCUGCUGCCGGCCAGGGCAUCGUCUGGGAGUGGCAGAACGAUGACGGCGCCUGGUCCCCGUACGAGAUGAGCGUCUGCGUGUUCCUGGAGCAGGCCCGUGCCACCAACCACCAGCGAGUGGAUCUGGGGCCCUUAGGCUACAACUACGAAGUGGACUUUGUGGCGCAGGCCCAGACCAACAAGACCACGCGGUUCCGCCGCAGCGUUCAACGACGCUUGGAUGCCCCGUACCCAGUGACGGCCUCCCCAGCGACCCUCCACGCGGGAGCGGCCUGCUCCUGCCAGCAGUGCUGGCUGAACGGGGGCACCGGGCCCAUCACCACGCGCUACCGGCACUCCAUGAUCAACUUCCCAAACUCCUCCGCUGCUCACCAGGUUCCCAGCAGGACGGCCUCAGUGAGUUCUUCCAGCGUCGGCUUCGUGCCCUAUAACAAACCGGCUUUGUCUGGAGCGCGGUCGACGCCGAGACUCAAUGCACAGAGCACCUGGGCUUUGCCUCAGUCCAGGGCCCCCAGCGCGGGACUGCCUGCGUCUAAUGGAGUCAGUGCCCCAGCCCUGCCGGUGAAGAUGUCCAGGCACAGCAAGGUGAACCAGGCCCUGGCAGGCAUGACGGCUAUUCUGAUGUCAGCCGCUGGACUCCCCGUGCACCUCACCUGUGUGCCGCAAGCUGCCAGCACCCAUAAGGCCACUAAAAAACACAGCUCAGUUAAGGAGGGGAGGAAAGUGUCCAAGAAAGCAACGCCGACCGAGCCAGACGCAGUGGUGAAGAAGUACCUGGAGGAGCUGAAGGGCUCUCCUGCGGACGAGGACUGCAUGAUCUGCAUGGAGAAGCUGUCGUCCCCCUCGGGCUACGGCGACGAGUGCGAGCGCAGCGCGAUCAAGCCAGAGGCCGUCGGCCGCCUGCUGAGCUGCAAGCACUCCUUCCACAUGCUCUGCAUGCUGGCCAUGUACUCCAGCGGCAACAAGGAUGGGAGCUUGCAGUGCCCCUCCUGUAAAACCAUCUACGGCGAGAAGACCGGUACCCAGCCCAAAGGGAGGAUGGAGGUCUCCACCUUCCCCCAGUCCCUCCCUGGCCACAAGGACUGCGGGACGAUCCAGAUCGUGUACCACAUCAGCAGAGGCAUCCAGGGCCCCGAGCACCCCAACCCUGGCAUGCCGUACACAGCGAGAGGCUUUCCUCGCUACUGCUACCUGCCAGACAACGAGAAGGGCAGGAAGGUCCUGGAGCUCCUGAGGGUGGCCUGGAAGCGACGCCUGAUUUUCACUGUGGGCACCUCCAGCACCACCGGCGAGAGCAACACGGUGGUGUGGAACGAGAUCCACCACAAGACGGAGAUGGACACCAACCUGAGCGGCCACGGCUACCCCGACCCCAACUACCUGGACAAUGUGCUGGCAGAGCUGGCCGCGCAGGGCGUCACCGAGGCCUGCCUGGCACAAUGAGCCGUGGGGGGCCCGCUCGGAGGCCACCUGGUGCACUUAUUCCUGUUGCCUUAAGUUCCUGUGUCUGACCGGCUGUCACACUGAGCAAUAACACUGUACUGUGGGAGCCCUGCCUGCUCUCUACGGUCUCUUGGU